AUGGUGAGUUGGCUGAGGUUUCAGCAGAAGGCGGGCCGAGAAAUUCCUCCUGCACUCCAGCUUGACCUCCGCAUUCAUGUGAGGGAGGCAGGGGGUAUGCAGCUGCCCUCAGAAAUUUUCACUAGUGAAACAUUGGAGGUGUUGAAGCUUGAUGUUAACCUUGGUCUUGAUCAACUUUCAACCAUUCCGUCUUUUUGUCUUCCAAACUUGAAAUUACUUGUUAUCCUUGCGACUGUCAUACCAGAUGACGUCGUUGUGACAAGGCUCGUUUCAAGCUGCCCUUUACUGGAAGACCUCACCGUGGAAUUCAGGUGGAACUGUGCCAAUUCAGUAAGUAUCUCUUCACCUUCUCUUUGGAGAUUGCAUUUGAGCGUGUUUAAUGAAAUUGAUGAGUCUCAUAGCAAUGACUUUGUGCUUAUUCAUACUUCGAACUUGGAAUAUCUUGAGUACUAUGAUGAUCUAACUCAAAAUUACUCUAUCACAAACAUGGAUUGUCUUGUCAAAGACAUUCGCAUUGAGAAUACCUUAAUGGAGAAGGUUUUUGAGGCUUUUGAUCAUAUAAUGUUAACAAGUUUAGUUUUACAGUAA